GUCCUUGAUGGAGGGGGUCUCAACGGUGUCGCGGGUAAUGUUGAGACAGUACGGCUCCGAUGGCGAAGUCGGAGGCGUCAGUGGUGACAUAGAAAUGGCGAGUGGGUUCGGCGAUCUUGAGGACAGGGGCCGUGGUGAUGGUUUGCUUGAUUGGUUUGUUGGUGCCCCAAUUGGCGACAACGGGGGUGGAGGAGUCGAUCGUGGUGGAGCAUGCGAGAGAGGAGGUCAGCAAGGGCAUGUCGGGUUCGUGAGCGAGGGCGGUUGCAAGGUCUUUGUGGCAUACUCGUUUGAUGCGGGAGAUGAACGCACGGUCGGGAAUGACGAUGUGGGGGAGGUGGUGUCGGAGGGAGCGGACGAAUUGGACGAAGUGGUCCGUGGGACCGGUCUGGCGGAGGUGGCAGAAUUGUUCAAGGUAGUCGUCAAUGGUUUUCUGGGGGCGAAAGGUGGCAGCGAGGAGCGUGGCCCAUUGGAGGAAGGUGUGGCGUGGUCCUCCGGAUGCUCGGCGGUUGCUAACUUCAGCCAUCCACCAUUUGGCUGCAUUGCCGAGGAGGCGGGAGGUGGCAAUGGGGAGCCAGUGGGCAAGGGGCAUGUGGUGGAGCUGAAAAGAGUUCUGAAGCUGGGUUAGGAAGAGGAAAACGUCCUCGUGGGGGAGGCCGGAGAAGGACAUGAUUUCGCCAGAUCGGAAGGAACGGGGGAUUUCCCCGUCGCGGUGAACG